AUGCCACCACCUCCCAGCCAACGGGCCGACAUUGAGCCUCCGGAGGAGCUCACCACCGAAGCUGUCAAGGGCUUUAUGACAGGCGUGUUCCGCUUUGGAUCAGUGUCUAUCCUCGCCCACCUAAUUAUGGAGCUUCCCCAUCCCUUCACCUUCAACUCAUCCACAACACCAACCACCACAGCAGACGCUCCGGCUCGGCCGCGUCCGUCACCAUUCUCCCGCAAAGCCAUGCGAUCACGUCUCUUCCAUCGGCCCCUGGAAGGCUUCUCCGAAUGGGUCUCUCCAGCUUCUCGUGUGUACCGAGGCUUAACACCCCAAUUCAAGGUGUUUCUUCAGAUUGCGGCCAUGACGCUGGGAGGCUGCAUUUGGGCGGAGAGACGGGUCAAUGAGUACAUUGAAUUGGUGAGAAGGAUCAAGCGGGCGGAGCGACUUCAGGCUCAAUGGGAACAGGGCCGACGUUAG